CACACUGGGUCGUUGACAGACGUUCCUCAUUGACUGCGACAGCACGGAUUGCCAGUGGCUGUGACUCGAAUGAACGGUGAAACAGUAACCAAACAACGACAACAACAAAAAACAUAUUAAAGGGAGUUCUUUGAUUAUACUUCCUUUUAGCCAGAAUGGACUCACGCACCCGAGUGAGAGGCCUGUAUUGUAAUAUGAAGCAUCUGAGGCAUAAGACUGUUGCUGGACUCUGGAUUUAUAGCACAGUCUUUGCAAGACAUGUGUGUCCAUGCAUUUCUCCAAUCGCACAGGACAAAGACAAAACUUCCUCUGAUUUGGCCGAGGAGUUAGUGGAAUUAGAUUCACUUCAGAGGAACAGAAGCGUUUCCAUUCAAUAAGUUUCUCAAUCCACAAAAAGCUCGCCAAAUUGUGGCGAAACUUAAAGGAAAGCUGGAAGAAUCGGUCCCGAGAGCGGCCCUGCCGAUCAGACUCUCCGUGCAGUUGCAGCGAGCGAAGCUUUAACGCUUUAUUUAUAGGCUGACUUUUCUUUUCAAUGAAUCAGUCGCCUUUACCCCCACCCCCCCCAAAAAAAUAAAAUAAACAAAUCUGCCGCUUCGCCCAUUUUGUUUGCGUUUGGAGACUGUGGUUUUAUUUUCCUUUCCAUUCCCUUGUUUACUCAGGCAGUGGCGGUAUCGUUCCGCUAGUCUGUGGAGGGAAGCGCCUCCUCGCUUGCUCUCUCUCACACACACACACACACAAUGUGAUGUGAGGAGAGGAGAGGAGAGCGGGCUCGGUGCUUGGAGGCUGCAGACAGCGGCGGCGGCAGCAGCAGUAGCCCGGAGAGAGCAGACACUGUGCCGAGUGCCGCCAGCCCUGCACACCCCACCUCUGGAUGGCCGUGGACGGCAUCGCCUGCCCGAUCCCCGCAGCUACCCGGCGCUUCUCGCCAAGUUUCGGCGGCGUCUGUUCUUCCUGAAGACUUUUGUGCGUGUGUGUGUGUGUGUGUUGUUGUGUCUUUCUUUCUCUCUCACCCCCUCCCCUCUCUCCCUCUCUCUCUCCCUUCACGUUUUCCCCCCCUUCUCGAGUAGUUUUUUUUCAUUCCUCCUUCACUCUCUCUCUCCGUUGUGCGGUCGAAGAGGGAGAUCCGGACAAUCUGUGUCUGUCUGUCUGCUUGUGGGAGAGAAAGUAUCCGUGGGAGCGAGCAUUGAAGGGGCCGGUCUCGCCAUUUGCGAGCGACUGGAGGAAUAUUACCGUAACACAGUGGAAAAUGGGUUUCGGUCGUCUUGAAGGAAGUACAUUGAAGGGUCCGAAACGUGUUUGUUGAGAUUUUGAUUGGAUUCAAACAAGAACCAAUACUUUUUUAUUGUACGAGCCUUGCGAUUUAUUUCUCCGAGGUUUCAACACAACGACAAACAAAGCAUAAGAAAGGCAAGAAACUUGGCAACACAGUGUGUCCGGAGGUUAGGAUGGGGGAUUACAACAUGCCCCCAAACCCGAAGCACAGCGCGAUCGUGGAGAGGUUGAGGCAGAGGAUCGAGCUGUGUCGCCGGCACCAUGCAGUCUGCCAGGUUCGCUACGAGCAGACCCAGCCGCAGCGCAUCGAGCAGGAGCGAAGGAACAAACUCGCUCUGCACCAGAAGUACCUGGACACACGCAGCAAGAAGACCCCGAAAGCUAAGCAGCAUCAGCAGCAGCAGCAGCAACAACACGACAGCAGCCGGGCCCCCAAAAACUGUGAUAGCGACCAGCCUGCAGGACCUAACGCAUCCAGCGAGCACAGGAACCUCACUCUGAUCGCUUUACAGGGCUCCAUAAAGAGAAAGCUGGAAGGAAAUGCUUCGCCCGUCAGUAACGACAGACCCAAUGGCAUUUCUGAUGGGACUUUCCAAAUGGAUAUUAAGAGAAUAAGAGUGGAUGAAGGUGGUCUUGCAAUUGGCCAAAGUGGGCACCAGCUCAGUAACGGACAAAGCCAAACCCUGCAGGGUUCUGUCACAAUGGGACCUGGAACUCCAGGAAAAGAUGGGAGCUUGAUUGGGACCGCCCAAGCCAAUGGUGGUGAUGCCAGUUCUGGUUUCAGCUUGCCACUCAAUAAGGAGAUGAAACAGGAGCCGACAGAGAGUGUUUCAUGCAGUGAGCAUUUAAAUAACCAAAUCUCUAACAACAAUAUACUGUUUGAUUCCAAAGAUGAUCUAGGAAUGCAGCUGCUGGAUCCGGAUUUGCAAGAUUUAUUUGAUGAAUUGACAAACAUGUCAGGCGUUCCUCCAUUGAGUGAUAUAGAACUGGAGACUAUGUUAAAUCCCAGCAUUCGAAAUGAAGAAUCAUUCAACAUAGACAUUGGUCAGCAAAACCAGAGCAGUACACCAAAGCCGCAUUCACAAUUGGAGAAUCCAACCAUAAAAACGGAAUACUCGCCUGGUUUUCCCCAGGCAUCGGUAGGGUCACCCCAAAUGCGGCCUCCUUCCACAGGACCCCCCUAUUCCAUGGCAAACACAGCCAUGUCUGUUCCUUCACCCAUCUCCUCUGCAGCUCAAUCUCAAAACCAACCCCAGCAAUCCUUACCAUCUGCACCAAACAGAGGCCUGUCCAAUUGGCACGACCUGUCUCAUGCACAGCAGCUGAAGAAGAUUGCAGAUAAUCGGCAGCAGCACGCCAUGCUGCAGCACCAACAGCAAAAUCAGGCAGCUAGCUGGCCACCUGCUCCACAGUCGGGCCCUUCAUCGGGAACGUUUGGCCAGGAGAAAAUACCCAGUCCCUCCCUCCACCAGCAGCCCUUUAGCUCCCCAAAUUCACUGCUCUCUGGGGUAUCCACCAACAACAGCCAGUCAAAAAACAUGAAUAACUGCCUCUACAAGACUCCAACUGCAGCACAAACCGGCCACCUGGACAUGAUAAUUCACCAGCAGCAACAGCAGGCACACAAUAUAAGUCGCAGCUUGAUGAACGCCAAUUCUGCAUCCCCAGACCAAUUGUCAUACAGUAACACCAAGCCCUUGUCUCAUUUUGAUCCAGAGCCAGGUCAGAUCUCUUCAAUCCUGGGUGCUCAGACCAAGCCUCCAGUCUUGCAUUAUACUCAGCCGCAGCAGCAGCAGCAGCAGCCUACUGCAGCAGUACAGCAGCAGCCUGCUCCACCAUCAGGUCACCUCCAAAGUCAAACAAUCCAACGAGCGCAGAUACCAAUUGCAUUGCAACAGAAGAUGCUUCUGCAGAAGAUGCAACAAAGCCAACAGCCUUCAGCAAUGCAGUAUCCUGUGUCUCAACAUCGGCAGGAUCAGAAUUCUGUGGUGGGCCCACGCCAAGGCCCGAGCCAAACUCCGAAUACCUGCCCAAACCCAAAUGCUGGCAACAGCUACAUUAAUAAUGCUCACCAGGCUGUGCUAAAGCAGCAACUGAUGGAGAAGAAGCAGGCCAUGCAGAGGCAGAUGAUGGAGCAUCAGAAACUGCUCUUUCGACAACAAAUCCUGCAAGACACGGAGAAAAUGAACACGCAAGAACAACUUAACAGGCACUUGACAAGGCCGCCUCCAGAUUACAAAGAGCAGAGACGAAGUCUUGUUGUAAUUCCACAGCCAAGCCAAUAUCCAGGUGCUGCAUCAGCUAUGGGAUUGAAUACGUCUCAGCCAUUACCAAAUGCUGCUCCAAAUCACCGUGUGAUUCCCCCAAACUCUGGCCUUAUACAAGUGAAUUCGCCGAGCAACCAAGGACCAAGGAUGCCUCCUAUAUCUGGAACUCAAAGUGACAGAACCAUAGGAAUGUAUGGGACUGUGCCAGCGUCUCAGCAGGCAGCAUAUACCGUCUCAGCCGGUGUUAAUCAAUUGCAACAUCACACAAGCCAAAGUCAAAUGGGAAUGACCCAGAACAACGUAAUGAUACCAAGGCAGCCAACGCUAGGCCAAGGCACCACCAUGUCAGGGUUUGGCACUGCAUCUCUUGGGAGUUCUGCCAUUUCUCAGCAGCAGAUGAGACCAGUUUUGAACCAUAUAAACACCAGUCUGUCUGCACAGACGCAAAGACUAACAAAUAUGAUGACCAAUUCCAGUUUGGCGCCGCAGAAUUGGACACCCCAGGGAGUGCAGGUGACUCCAAAGCAGGCACAAAUGGGUACUAACGUAAGAUUCUCCAAUAACCCUCCUUUCCCAAAUCAGUCUGUGCAAGCUAAUAUGUCCAGUCAACACUUUGCUCAGCGUGGUCUGGCACCAACCAACCAGAUCGCUCCAGGAGUUCAGAUGCGACCUUUGGCACAAAUGAACCAAGCCAUGAGUGGACAGACAAUAGGCUCAAUCAGUGGGUCGGCUCCAAGAGCUAAUCAGCCAAGACCUCAACCACAACCUAUGGCUGCAAUGAGCCAGUCAGCAGCAAGCAUGGCUGUAAUAAGCCAGGCACCUUCAGUGCAAACAAUGCCUUCAGCCAAUUUCCCUUCUACCAACCUGCCCCCUCGAAAUUACCAGGGAACAAAUCAUAACAGUGACUUGGCAUUUGACUUUCUCAGCCAACAAGGAGACAGUGCACUGUCGGGACUCAGCAGUGACUCUGAUUUCCUUGACUCAUUGAUAAAAAGUAGCACCGAUGACUGGAUGAAGGACUUAAACCUCGAUGAAAUUUUGGGGCAGCAUUCGUGAAAAAGCCAGAGGAUUGUAAAUGUUAUCCAUCUGUCGGAGAAGUACCGAUGGACAAGGAGCCUCACAAUAAAUCGCAGGUGUGCACUAUUGUGCCCGAUUAGAUAUAGGUUACCCAAUGGAUAAAACCUACCAUUAUAUCCUCUCCACCACAUGUACAUUAUGGACUCAAAAUGCAUAGAUUUUAUCUAGUGCUUAGUAAAAAGAAGUUUUGUAUAAUAUGUUUUUUACUGAAAAUCAUAUUCUCUGUAAGAAGAUUAUAUUUAUACUUUUUUUUCUGAAAAAGUUCUGUGAAUCAUUGUAGUGCAACCUUUUUACUUACUAAAAUUAAAUUGUACAUGUUUGUAUUCUGUCAUAGUUUUAAAUUGACUUACAUGUUAGAUCAGCAGUCUACUUAUUACCAGUUUCAAAUACAUACAGUAGUUUGCUUUUAAAGUGUUUUACAGUAUAAUUAUUGUUUUAUAAAUUACCUGUUCUACUUUCAUUGAUUUUGUUACAGUCCCAACAAAGUACUUUAUCUUCCCUUGCAUUACAUUUACCCAACGUGACCUUCUGUGGCUAGCCUUCUAAAACUAUUCAUUUUAUAGAUAAACAGCAAUAUCAUUCAGCCACUUCAGCGUCUUUUUAAGUACACCCAUGAAUUCAGUGUUACUGUGUGUUUCCACUUUAUCAUGACGAAGGAAUGUGUAUUGUCAACUCAGUAUUUAUCGGCCAGAACUAUGUUAAAGUGUUCAUAGACUUGGAGCGUAACAUUUACCAAUGUAACAGUAAGCUUGUAAACCUCUGUGAACAAAUCUAGAGGGAAUGCCUGAUACACAUUGUUUGUGCAUCCUCAGUUUUUAGUGUGGCUUCACAAUGGGGAAACCCAUCUGGGAAACGGGCGUUCCUCAAGAACCAACUACUAUUGCUCAUUUGUAGACUGCCUCCCAAUUUCAAAGCUCAUUGCAGAAGGAAGGCACAUUGAAAAACCAAUGUAGGAAAAUGGUUAUCCGUUGCUCAUAUAGUUUUGUGGAUCUACGCCUUAUUUUUCAACAUUAACUCCUGAUAAAAUAUCGGUAAUGGUACUGGUGCACAUUCAUCCUAUACAAAUACAUUUCAAACCAACUUGGUUAUUUUCAGGGACAUUAAAAUUAUUUGGUAAGAGAACCUUCUAUUUACAACUAAUAACUUAGCAUUCAGAAAUAAUUACAUAUGCAAGGAAAAGCAAUGCAACCACACCAGAUUACAAUAUCCUUCAUUUUAAGAAGUCUAGUGACCUGAUCUUUUAUUGCAGAAGUCAACCAGAAAUUAAGUUAGGUUUGGCAACAUUAACAAAGCAUUGAUCAUUUUUCGUGCCCAAAGGAUGCAGAAACAUGCAGAAUUCAAUCAUUUUGACAUCUGGGCUACAUUAUUAUAUCUCACAAGGUUUAUCUCAUUCAAGACAUUGGCGCUGUACAGGGGCAGAUUGAACAGGUACAGCAUGGAAUCCCAUGUCAUUCUCUGCUAGAAUCAAACAAUGAUGGUAAUACAUUUCAGGAUUGUUGCACGUGUUAAGAAACUGCUUGUCCAAUCUAUGUAUGUUUAAUAUUUUUGAUAGCGUUAUACAAGGAUCAGAAACAAUGCAUUGUCAUUUUCAUUCUGUAUUUUUCAGUACCAGGAUUUGGAGCGAAUAGCAUUUUUUUAAAAACAUACACUCCGUGCAUCUCAAGAUAAACUAGUUGAGGACUGAGCAUUUCAUUUUGGGAGCAGUAUAAAAAUAAAUAGUAUCAUCUAAUCAUUCAAUGUUAUUGGGCCAUUUUGUAUCUGUGUGUCAAAUGUGAGUUUUUGUUUUGAUUUUUGAGUUAAUAUUAAACCCUGGCAAUCAGUAAAGGGGCUGUCCCACUUGGGCGACCUAAUCCGCGAGUUCUGGCGAGUUUGCCCUCGACUCAAACUUGCAGCAGGGUCGACACGAGGUCAUAGGAUGUCUUUGUAACUCUCCGUCAUGCUUGAGAGUAGUCCCCAUGUACUCGAGGCCUCAGCUAGGUCGCGGCGUAUUUUUCAACAUGGUAAAAAUUGCCCGCAAGUUAAAAAAGGGCACUAUGGAAAAAAAUCGAUUUUUUACUCGUAGGUUUAGUCCUAGUAGGUCGGCAUGUUAGUCGUAGGUAAUCAAGGAUAGUCGAAGGUAAUCGAAGGUAGUCGUAGAUAGUCUUCAUCAUAGUCGAAGGGAGGUCGAAGGAGAUCGAAGAAGGUUGUCUUCACUCCACUAUUUGGUGUCCAAUUUUUCCGAAAUUAGUCGUAGCAAGUCGAAGCUAGUCUUCUACAUAGUCGAAGGAGGUGUUCCAUAAGACAUUUUUUCAAACUCUCCUAAACUCUUCUAAACUCGCCAAUUAGGUUGUUCAAGUGGGACAGCCCCUUAAGUCUUUCUUCGUGUUCAGCUGAGUGAUUAAUGAUGGGAUUUUUAUUUCACGCCACAAAGUUGACUUGCAAACUGAAACAAUCAAUGAAAAUGACAGAACCAAGUCCUUUAGAUAUGCAGACCAUGAAAAAUGGUACUUUUGUAUAAUAGAUUUUGUAAAAGUUCUAUUGAAACAAUAUUAUUAUACUGCAUUUUGUAUUUUAUUGUAAUACAGUAUCUUUCUUGAAGUAUUUCCAAAUACACUACUGCAGAUGCAACAAUUUGUCAAAAAAAUGCUGUGAUUUAUUUGUUGUUGUAAUUAAACAACAAACUUUCUGAUUACAGAUAACAUCACACAUUCAAUGAGUCUAAAAUCUUCCAACGGUACUGCAACUAAAUUGUUUCAACAGUAUUGUUCAGAAAAAAAUCAAAACCCCAGGGAUGUUCCUGUGUCAGUUUGUGAACUUCACUCAACAAAAUAUCAAGACUGGGGCAACUUGGAUUCCAGGGCUCAUGCCAGAGAACAUAAUUAAGUCACAGGUUUCUCUUUGGUCAACAUGAACUAAAGGUAUAAGUUAUAAACUCAAGACCAGAUAUAAUUGUUUCCCAUAUUAGCAAAGUGACUAACAUUGUGAGUAUAAUUCUGCAGUCCCACUGAAGUGCCUCACAAUAAUGAGGGUUUUUUUUACACUCCUCAAUUUAUUCAAUCUUAUCUGUGACCUGGUACAUUUCAAUUCCACAACUGGAAACCUCCGUCUGCCUUGGUCCAUAUUUUCAAAACUGAACAUCUUAUGCACCAUAUAUUGCAAUGGCAUAACAAGUUUUUCAGUCUUUCAUUUGAAUUUCUAUAUAACAAAAGUAUUCCAUGUGCAUCUCGACUGUAGUUUCUCUCUGAAGACCCAAAGGACACUCUAGCGCUAAAUCCUAAUGAUGUACUGAAUCCUAUGUUUACAUAAUCUCAGCAUUAAUGUAUUGUAAAGAUGUUCAUGUUCAUUCCUUGCAUUGCAUUUAGUUGUAGCUUACUGCUUUAAUAAUCCAAAGUACAGGUUUUAAUGUAUUGUGAGUCUAUAUCCACAAAUCCCUCUCUGCUGACAGUGAAGUAAAUAUCUUUCAGAAUAUGAUUACUGGGGAUUUUUUAAACCCAACAUCUAACAUCGCACUCAUUUCAUUCUAAGCCUGUUUUUACCACUGCCACCUCCACCCUAAACUUUACCAAAGUUCCUUUCCAAGUUCCUUUUUGUGUUGAAUUUCUUAAGAAUUAAAUACCUGUACAAUUUAAUACAUUUAAACACUACUCCUGAUAAGAACAUGAAAAGUAGAGCAUGAACAAACCACUCAGCCCAUUAUUCAAAAAUAUUAUUUUACCCCCAAGGCACUUUCCUGUAGCCAUCCUGUUUUCCCCAAUUCCCAAGAUAUCCAACAAUAAUUGAUCUCUCCUUUUUGAAUAUGUCCAACUACUGAGCCAAUUCUCUUGGCUGGAGAAUUCCAAGAUUGCACUACCCUCAGAAUAAAGAAAUGUGUCAUUCUUGAAAGGAUGACCCGUUAUUUUGUAAAGGUUCGAUUGAAACAAUAUUAUUGAAUACCAGCUCAUUUUGUUUAACCUUCUUUCAUCGGACACUACCACUAUUGCAGGAAGCUAUCUAGCAUAGAAACAUAGAAAAUAGGUGCAGGAGUAGUCCAUUUGGACCUUCGAGCCAGUACCGCCAUUUAAUAUGAUCAUGGCUGAUCAUCCAAAAUCAGUACCCCAUUAUCCCUCUAUUCCGUUAGCCUUAAGAGCUAUAUCUAACUCUCUUGAAUACAUCCAGUGAAUUUUCCUCCACUGCAUUCUGGGGCAGAGAAUUCCACUGAUUCACAACUCUGAUUUUUUUUUUCCUCAUCUCAGUCCUAAAUGGCCUACCCCUUUUCUUAAACUGACCCCUGAGUCUCUACACCCCCAACAUCGGGAACAUUUUUCCUGCAUCUCGACUGUCCAAUCCCUUAAGAAUUUUAUUUGUUUCUAUAAGAUCCCCUCACUUCCUUCUAAAUUCCAGUGAAUAUAAACCCAGUCGAUCCAUUCUUAGCAAACCUUGUUUAAACUACCUGUAUCAGAAGUAUCAUCUACCUGAGUAGGAAGACCAGACCUGUUCACAAUAUUCCAGGUACAGUUUCAGCAGGGCUCCAUAUAAUUGCAGUAAGAUGUCUUUACUCUUGUCGCAGAAUGGGGAAAAACAUAGAAACAUAGAAAAUAGGUGCAGGAGUAGGCCAUUCGGCCCUUCGAGCCUGCACCGCCAUUCAAUAUGAUCAUGGCUGAUCAACCAACUCGGUAUCCUGUACCUGCCUUCUCGCCAUACCCCCUGAUCCCUUUAGCCACAAGGCCCACAUCUAACUCCCUCUUAAAUAUAGCCAAUGAGCUGGCCUCAACUACCUUCUGCGGGAGAGAAUUCCAGAGAUUCACCACUCUCUGUGUGAAAAAUGUUUUCCUCAUCUCGGUCCUAAAAGAUUUCCCCCUUAUCCUUAAACUGUGACCCCUUAUUCUGGACUUCCCCAACAUCGGGAACAAUCUUCCUGCAUCUAGCCUGUCCAACCCCUUAAGAAUUUUGUAAGUUUCUAUAAGAUCCCCCCUCAAUCUUCUAAAUUCUAGCGAGUACAAACCCAGUCUAUCCAGUCUUUCUUUAUAUGAAAGUCCUGACAUCCCAGGAAUCAGUCUGGUGAACCUUCUCUGUACUCCCUCUAUGGCAAGAAUGUCUUUCCUCAGAUUUGGAGACCAAAACUGUACGCAAUACUCCAAGUGUGGUCUCACCAAGACCCUGUACAACUGCAGUAGAACCUCCCUGCUCCUAUACUCAAAUCCUUUUGCUAUGAAUGCUAACAUACCAUUCGCCUUCUUCACUGCCUGCUGCACCUGCAUGCCUACUUUUAAUGACUGGUGUACCAUGACACCCAGGUCUCGUUGCGUCUGCCCCUUUCCUAAUCGGCCACCAUUCAGAUAAUAAUCUACUUUCCUGUUUUUGCCACCAAAGUGGAUACCUCACAUUUAUCCACAUUAUACUGCCAUGCAUUUGCCCACUCACCCAGCCUAUCCAAGUCACCUUGCAACCUCCUAGCAUCCUCCUCACAGCUAACACUGCCCCCCAGCUUCGUGUCAUCCGCAAACUUGGAGAUGUUGCAUUCAAUUCCCUCGUCCAAAUCAUUAAUAUAUAUCGUAAAUAGCUGGGGUCCCAGAACUGAGCCUUGCGGUACCCCACUAGUCACUGCCUGCCAUUGUGAAAAGGACCUGUUUACUCCUACUCUUUGCUUCCUGUCUGCCAGCCAGUUCUCUAUCCACAUCAAUACUGAACCCCCAAUACCGUGUGCUUUAAGUUUGUAUACCAAUCUCUUAUGUGGGACCUUGUCGAAAGCCUUCUGAAAGUCCAGAUAUAACACAUCCACUGGCUCGCCCUUAUCCACUCUACUAGUUACAUCCUCGAAAAAUUCUAUAAGAUUCGUCAGACAUGAUUUACCCUUCAUAAAUCCAUGCUGACUUUGUCCAAUUAUUUCACUACUUUCCAAAUGUGCUGCUAUCCCAUCUUUAAUAACUGAUUCUAGCAAUUUCCCCACUACAGACGUUAGACUAACUGGUCUGUAAUUCCCCAUUUUCUCUCCCCUCCAUUUUUAAAAAGUGGUGUUACAUUAGCUACCCUCCAAUCCUCAGGAACUACUCCUGAAUCUAAAGAGUUUUGAAAAAUUAUCACUAAUGCAUCCACUAUUUCUGGGGCUACUUCCUUAAGUACUCUGGGAUGCAGCCUAUCUGGCCCUGGGGAUUUAUCGGCCUUUAAUCCAUUCAAUUUACCUAACACCACUUCCCGGCUAACCUGGAUUUCACUCAGUUCCUCCAUCUCAUUUGACCCCCGGUCCCCUGCUAUUUCCGGCAGAUUAUUUAUGUCUUCCUUAGUGAAGACAGAACCAAAGUAGUUAUUCAAUUGGUCUGCCAUGUCCUUGUUCCCCAUGAUCAAUUCACCCGUUUGUGACUGCAAGGGACCUACAUUUGUUUUAACUAAUCUUUUUCUCUUCACAUAUCUAUAAAAGCUUUUGCAGUCAGUUUUUAUGUUCCCUGCCAGUUUUCUUUCAUAAUCUAUUUUCCCUUUCCUAAGUAAGCCCUUUGUCCUCCUCUGCUAGUCUCUGAAUUUCUCCCAGUCCUCUGGUAGGCUGCUUUUUCUAGCUAAUUUGUACGCUUCAUCUUUUGUUUUGAUACUAUCCCUGAUUUCCCUUGUUAUCCACGGAUGCACUACCUUCCCUGAUUUAUUUUUUUGCCAAACUGGGAUGAACAAUUGUUGUAGUUCAUCCAUGCAGUCUUUAAAUGCCUUCCAUUGCAUAUCCACCGUCAACCCAUUAAGAAUCAAUCGCCAGUCUAUCAUGGCCAAUUCAUGUCUCAUACCCUCAAAGUUACCUUUCUUUAAGUUCAGGACCCUUGUUUCUGAAUUAACUAUGUCACUCUCCAUCCUAAUGAAGAACUCAACCAUAUUAUGGCACUCUUGUCCAAGGGGCUGCGCACAACAAGAUUGCUAACUAACCCUCAUUACUCAAUACCCAGUCUAGAAUAGCCUGCUCUCUCGUUGGUUCCUCUACAUGUUGGUUUAGAAAACUAUCCCGCAUACAUUCCAAGAAAUCCUCUUCCUCAGCACCCUUGCCAAUUUGAUUCACCCAAUCUAUAUAUAGAUUGAAGUCACCCAUUAUAACUGUUUUACCUUUGUUGCACGCAUUUCUAAUUUCCUGUUUGAUGCCAUCCCCAACUCCCCUACUACUGUUAGGUAGCCUGUACACAACUCCCACUAGCGUUUUCUGCCCCUCAGUGUUUCCUAAAAAGGUAGUCACUGUCCUCCUGAGGCAUAAGGCGAAUCGUGAGGAGAAUAGAUAGGGUUUUUUUUUCCCAGGGAAGGAGAAUUGAUAACUCAAGGACAUAGUUUUAAGGUGAGCAGGGAAAUAUUUAAAAGGAACUUGACGGACACCUUUUACACACCGAGCAUGGUGGAUAUAUGGAAUUAGUUGUCAGAGGAAGUAGUUGAGGUAGGUACAAUAACAACAUUUUAAAGACAUUUUUGGACAGUUACUUGGAUAAGUAAGAAUUGGAGGGAUAUAGGCCAAACGCGGGUAUGUGGGACCUGCAUGGUUGGCACAGCUGAAGGGUCUGUUUCUGUGCUGUAUGAUUCUAUAACUCCAUCAGUCCCAACACAACACGUCCAUUGCUUCCUCGUUAUCUACUCUGCUUUUUACAACCUCUUAAAAACUUAAACAGGUUUGUCAAACAUGAUUUCUCUCUCAUAAUUCCACAUGGACAGCCCAUUUUAACUUUCUAAAUGCCAUUGUACUAACAUUUUCCAGUGGUUGCCCUGCUAUAGACAUUAAGCUAAUUGGUAUGUUGUUUCCCAUAUUCUUUCUGACUAAUUUCUGAAAUUCCUAAAUAUUUCACAAGCCCAGGUUUCCCAAAACUCCUGGCUCACUACAUACACUGCAUUUCCCACAAGAAUCAUGAGUUUCAACUUUCAAAGUAUCACUUUCAAAAUCUAUUCUGGCUACCUCUGACAAUUCUCUUUCCAUAUACACGGUUCUUCCAAUCAUAAUUAAGGAGGCCAAGGUAGCUGACCAAUAAGUACCUAAAUUAAAGUCACCCUCUUUAAAGAUCAGCCUGAUGGGUCUUGAUACAAUUUGUCACAUCCAUGUUUUCCAAUGAUGCCGUAGAAUCAACCACUGAGUUACUCCAGCACUUUGUGUGUUGUAUUGUAAACCAGCAUUUGAAGUUCUUUUCAUCUACAUCGCUAUCUCUAUUUUUUCAUCUAGUUUUUUUGCUCCUAGUUUUACAUAUCAUGCUGAAAGCUUCUUAAUUUCUAAUUCUUUUAUUCUAAUUUUUGCAGACAUUUAUUCUAAAUUAUAAUUUGUUUGUAACUUCUUUAAGCCCUGUUAAAAAAAAACAUUCAAUUUUUGCUGCACAAUUCUUUGUACUAAUUUAUUUUCCAUCUCAUCUCAUGUACUUGUUACUCUUGCCAUUCUAAAAUACAUCUUCGUCCAAUCUGAUCUUCUUGUUAUUCUGCAUACUAUUUUUCUUUUCUACUUUUCUACCAAAUUUUCUUUAUGUAGUUAUUGCAUCCAUUUUAACUUUCCAAUGUAUUUAAUUUCAUAUGAACAGACCUAGAAUUUAUGCGAGAAUCCUCCAGUGUUCCAGCGUUGGCUGUGGUUUCCAAUUAUAAUGAUGUGUUUCUGUUUCAGUAGUAAUUUGUGUAAUUACCGUUGGUCUCUUUUCCCUCUUUUAAAUUAAAACAAUAAUUAUGAGAACAGAUUAUUGCACAAUGACUUAAGUAUCAAUUAACCAUGUUAUAAGGUAAUGAUUCUGACUGGACAAAGCCAACCUGUAACCAUUGAUAUUAACAGAGCACAAUUACAUUUGCUAAC